GGUUCGUUAAACAUUUCAUGCCAUUUCUGCAUCGAUGUUAAAUCCUUCAUCAAGAGAUUGAUCUGGGUUUCGGUCUAGAUAUUGAAUGUGCAGUUACCUCCGGAGUUAGCUUUACUCUCUCGGGUUAUAUAGCCUGAUCUGUUGAUCUUAAUUGUGGAUCAUUUUGGAACUUAUAUUAAAUAGGGAGAGUCUACCAUUCUCGCGAUUGUCUAGGCACAGUAUGAACGUUGCUGGAACAUCAAGAGUGCAGAUGGAUAGUGGCGAUCAUGUUUCUCUCGACAUUGCCAAAUUAGCAGAGUCUGUGGAAGGAAAGUUGAAAAGCUUGCGUUCUUUUUCAGAUCAGUGUUCCAUCUACAGAGUUCCAAAACGACUACGUGAGUUAAAUGGAAAGGCUUACACACCUCGAGUAAUCUCCAUUGGCCCACUUCACUACGGAAAAGAAGAGCUAAUAGAAAUGGAAGAGCAUAAGAGACUGUACCUGAGGGAAUUUCUUGAAUUGAGCAAGGUAAGGGUGAGGGAUUUUAUUGCAGCUAUUGCAGAGAGCGAGACUAGAUUGCGUAGUUGUUAUGCAGAAACCUUCGAUAAACUAAGUAAAGAGGAAUUUGUGGAAAUGGUGUUGUUGGAUUGCUCCUUUCUCAUUAUGUUCUUUCUGAAAGCAUUUUCCCCUGGUAUCCAAAGUAGAAAUAUUGACCGCAUAUUCAAUAAACCAUGGAUGCUAGAUGAAAUAAGUAUUGAUUUGUGCUUGCUUGAAAAUCAGCUUCCAUUAUUCAUUGUUGAGGACUUGUUCAAUCUAUCCAAAAUACAGCACCAUUGUGAGGAAUAUUCCAUGAUUAAGCUUACUUACGCGUUCUUACUUGCUGCAUGGCAAUCAUGGGUGUCAGAGGAAAUUUUGGAGAAAAUCAAUUUGCUUAAAGUAGAGCAUUUUGUUGACUUUCUAAGAAUCUGUCAGCAGCCAGCACAGGAGAUGCAGCCAAAGAAACUUGCGACUAUAACCACUCCAAGUGUAGCAGAGCUCCAUCGGGCUGGAAUCAAGUUCAAGUUAGGGUCCAGCAUAAACCCCCUCCUCAUAAAAUUUGAUGAUACUAAAGGGACGUUGGAAAUCCCACAGUUAAAGAUAGGCGAUCACGCAGAAAUCCUAUUCAGAAAUCUCCAAGCUUUUGAGCAAUGCAAUUACGAUGCUAAUAAAUAUGUAUGUAACUAUAUUACCAUGCUCUCUUUGCUUGUCCCCGAUGCCAAGGGUGUGGAAAUACUUGUUAAAGAAGGAAUUAUAGAGAAUUGGCUCCAUGAUAAUGAUGCAGUUUCACGCCUUUUUCGCAGUCUUUCCAAGGAAAAUGUUAUCAACGUCAACAAUUUCUACUUUUCUGGUGUAGUUGAAGAUCUGAACAAGUACUACAGUAAGCGGGUACACAAAUGGAAGGCAGCCUUGAAGCAGAAAUAUUUCCGUAAUCCAUGGACUAUAAUCUCUGUUGUAGCAGCUGCUGUUCUAGUCAUACUCACUAUCAUACAGACAGUGUGUUCGAUCAUUCAAGUUGUUUGAUUAUGCUAUUUCAGUUGUUUUCUGUAAAUUAACUGUGUAUUCUGUUAUCUCUUCCCAUGAAAUUUCUAUAUAUGUUCUUCAAUUACUCAUAAA